CAGCUCCAGCCCAGUGCGCGCCCAGUGCCCGCUCAGCAUGUGCCCGCCGCGCGGCCUCCUAGCUGUAACCAUCCUGGUCCUCCUAAACCACCUGGACCACCUCAGUUUGGCCAGAAACCUCCCCAUAACCACACCAAGCCCAGGAAUGUUCCAGUGCCUCAACCACUCCCAAAACCUGCUGAGAGCCAUCAGCAACACGCUUCAGAAGGCCAGACAAACUCUAGAAUUUUACUCCUGCACUUCUGAAGAGAUGGAUCAUGAAGAUAUCACAAAAGAUAAAACCAGCACGGUGGAGGCCUGCUUACCACUGGAAUUAACCAUGAAUGAGAGUUGCCUGGCUUCCAGAGAGAUCUCUCUGAUAACUAAUGGGAGUUGCCUGGCCUCCAGAAAGACCUCUUUUAUGACAACCCUGUGCCUUAGCAGUAUCUAUGAGGACUUGAAGAUCUAUCAGAUGGAGUUCAAGGCCAUGAAUGCAAAGCUUUUAAUGGAUCCUAAGAGGCAGAUCUUUCUGGAUCAAAACAUGCUGACAGCUAUUGAUGAGCUGUUACAGGCCCUGAAUGUCAACAGUGUGACUGUGCCACAAAAUGCCUCCCUGGAAGAACCGGAUUUUUACAAAACUAAAAUCAAGCUCUGCAUACUUCUUCAUGCUUUCCGAAUUCGUGCAGUGACCAUCAAUAGAAUGAUGAGCUAUCUGAAUUCUUCCUGAAAAGCUGAAGUCUCUCAAAACUUAAAGCCACUUAUAUAAAAAUGUGAACCAAAAAAAAAAUAUAUAUAUAUUUCACAGGAUGUGGGUUAAGAACCUACCAGGACCAGGUAGCCUUGACCUGGUCCUCCUGAAACGAGUACGAUCAUUCUCAUGCUUGUUUACAUUAGUUGUCACCCAGAAUUUGAAAGAUGUGACUGUUAGGUCCACAUGAUGCCUUUGACCAAGUAUAUUUCACAUUUACUAGGGAUAAGUUGUUUUUAAGUUUUCAUGAGCAAAUUGCUAAAGAGGGAAAAUGUCCUCCCUUGAACAUGUUUUUCUUUUCCCUUUAAUAGAAGAGCAACAAUUUAUAAGCUAUUUCUGUACCAAAGUGUUUGUAGACACAAACA